UGGAAUAUUUCAGACUAUUUUUUCCAAAGAGGUGAAAUAAUUGAAAAGGAGCUCAACAAAGAAGAAGCAGUGUUGCAGAAACAGGCAGAAGAAAAGGGGGUGAUGCUGAAUAGACCUUUUCAUCCUGCACCACCAUUUGACUGUCUUUGGUUAUGCCUAUAUGCCAAGCUUGGAGAACUGUGUGUGGAUCCCCGACCUGCAGUCAGAAAGAGUGCUGGGCAGACCUUGUUUUCUACUAUUGGUGCUCAUGGAACUUUAUUGCAACAUUCAACAUGGCACACAGUAAUAUGGAAGGUUUUAUUUCAGCUGUUGGAUAGGGUUCGAGAAUCUUCUACCACAGCUGACAAAGAGAAGAUUGAGUCAGGAGGAGGCAACAUUCUCAUCCAUCAUUCAAGGGAUACAGCUGAGAAACAGUGGGCUGAGACAUGGGUAUUAACACUGGCUGGAGUUGCAAGAAUAUUUAACACCAGGAGAUACUUACUGCAGCCUUUAGGAGACUUUUCCCAAGCCUGGGAUGUUCUUCUUGAUCACAUCCAAUCAGCAGCACUCAGCAAAAAUAAUGAAGUUUCCUUGGCUGCUCUGAAAAGCUUCCAGGAGAUCUUACAAAUUGUUUCUCCUGUCCGAGACUCAGAGAAGCCUGACACGCCUCCAGCUAUCAAUGUUUCUGUACCUGUGGUGGUAGGGACAACGACUGCCACUAGUCUUGGCAGAUCAUUCAUGAGAACUGACUCCAUAGGAGAAAGAAUAGGAAGAUACAAUGGAUCUGAACCACCUGUAGUAACAGAUGAGAUUGAAGAUUUGAAUCUGUGGUGGGCAGCCUGGAACAGCUGGUAUAGGAUUGGUUCAGAAAGUACAAGGCCUCCAAUUACUUGUGAUAAAUUGACUUUCAUUCCCAGCCAGCCUUUUCUUACAGCUUUAAUUCAAAUAUUCCCAGCUCUUUACCAACACAUCAAAACUGGUUUCAGCAUGGAUGAUCUCCAAAAGCUGGGUGUCAUUUUGCACAGUGCUGUUUCAGUUCCAAUCAGUUCUGAUGCUUCCCCUUUCAUCCUUCCAUCUUACACUGAAGCAGUUUUGACAAGUUUACAGGAAGCGGUGCUAACAGCUUUAGAUGUUUUACAAAAGGCUAUAUGCGUGGGCUCAGAAAGUAUGCAGAUAAUGUAUCCUGCAAUCUUUGACCAGCUGUUGGCCUUUGUAGAAUUUUCUUGCAAGCCUCCACAGUAUGGACAGCUGGAAACAAAGCACAUUGCAAAUGCAAAGUAUAAUCAGAUACAACUGUUUGCACCGGCGGAAUGGGUAGCAUUGAAUUAUGUACCGUUUGCCGAGAGAUCAUUGGAAGUUGUUGUGGACUUAUACCAAAAGACAGCUUGCCAUAAAGCUGUGGUAACAGAGAAAGUUCUUCAGAACAUUAUUAAGACCUUAAGAAUACCUCUUAGCCUGAAAUAUUCAUGUCCUUCUGAAAGCACAUGGAAGCUAGCUGUUUCCUCUCUUCUCAAAGUUCUCUCUAUUGGACUACCUGUUGCAAGGCAGCAUGCAUCUUCUGGAAAAUUUGACAGUAUGUGGCCAGAGCUAGCAAAUACUUUUGAAGACUUUUUAUUCACCAAAAGUACACCUCCUGAUAAUCUCUCAAUUCAAGAGUUUCAGAAGAAUGAGAGUAUUGAUGUUGAGGUAGUGCAGCUUAUCAGCACAGAGAUACUGCCAUAUGCUAAUUUUAUUCCUAAGGAAUUUGUUGGUCAAAUAAUGACUAUGCUCAAUAAAGGCUCAAUACAUUCUCAGUCAUCUUCCUUUACAGAAGCCGAAAUAGAUAUUCGAAUGAGAGAGGAGUUUUCUAAGGUGUGUUUUGAAACACUGCUCCAGUUUUCAUUCAGUAAUAAAGUUACAACUCCUCAGGAAGGCUACAUCUCUAGAAUGGCACUUUCCGUGCUCUUGAAAAGGUCACAGGAUGUAUUGCAUCGCUACAUAGAAGAUGAGAGAUUGAGUGGCAAAUGUCCUCUUCCGCGGCAACAAGUAACAGAAAUCAUAUUUGUUUUAAAAGCUGUCAGUACUCUCAUAGAUUCACUUAAAAAAACUCAACCUGAAAAUGUUGAUGCUAACACAUGGGCACAAGUUAUUGCAUUGUACCCGACUUUAGUAGAAUGUAUCACCUGCUCAUCCUCGGAAGUGUGCUCUGCUCUGAAAGAGGCACUAGUUCCCUUUAAGGACUUCAUGCAUCCACCAGCAUCCAAGGUACAGAAUGGAGAGUCUUGACCCCAUAAAACUUUUUUUUAUUUUUGAAGAAAAAAAAGUAUCCAAAAAUGUUUGUUCCUAGGUGAAGUUUCUCUGAGGAAAUCUCUUGUUACUAGUACUUUGGCAACCAGUGCUGACUGCCUUUUAACUGUACUUACAAGAGCUCAGUAAUUCAUGAAUACAGUCUAUAUCUCAAAGGUUCCAGAGUGAGUAGCAGUGCAAACCUUUAAUAAAUUUAACUGAAUUGUUGGAGUCAUUUAUAAUCUAAUGUAUUUGCUACAGUAUCUUGAAGUGGUGAUUGAAAAGUGGGCUUAUGUACAGCUUGUUGUGUAUGUGUUAAUGAUGUAAUUAAAAAUAUUUCAAUUCAGUCAGAUUUAUUAGGCUGGUGUUUUGCACCCUUUUUUUGAAGUACAAAUUGUACUAAAAUUUUAUGCAAGAUGGUACUGUAACAUUCCAUAUAUCUGUAACCAGCCUUUGUAAACAAAGGGAACUGAUAUACUUGUGUGUAUAAUAAAUGGUACAGUUCUGUAUAAAAUAGUUGCAUUUAUUAUUUAAAUUCUUUUUAAAAUAUUGAUAAUGUUAAAUGCUUGAAAAUGUAUUUAUUAUGAAUAAGCUGUAUGCUUGCAUUUUUACUUACAGUUUGCCUUCUAAAUUGCCAGAUAUGCUCAUUCAUAUCUGAUCAUGUUCUUAGUUUUUGCUUAAUUGAAUGUAUCUUCUGUGGCCAUUGGACAUCUGAGAAAGGGUCAUAUGACAGAAGUCUGCACCAAGCAGUCAGUAGUCUGCUGAUCUCAAACUUCAAAGUAGUUGACCUGGAACAAGUUUGAAUAUGCAGAAAUCCACUGUAGCACUUCAACAUACCUUACCUCACUUCAUAAUAUAUUUGUUUCAAGAUGUUUGUUCUACUUAACUCUAUCCAUUUUUGUAGUUGCAGCCUUGCUUUAAAAAAAAAAAUAUAUAUAUAUUUGAGGGUUGUUAGCCUUUUUUGACCUUCUUGGCAGGUAUCCCAGUCUUUGAAUCAUGACCCAAGAAAGGUGAUUUCAAAUAUUUGAAAUACUUGGCUGUAAUAUUUUGUUCAGUAAUUUUAAGUGCUUUGUUUUGUAAUGUCUUUUCAACCUAAACAAAUUGUUCUAAUCUUUUAAUUAUAAACUGUGUCUGAUAUAAAACCAUGAGAAGUGUAUUUUUGAAGAGUUACUCAUUUAGAAGUGCAGUAAAAUUUGUCAU